CGGAGCAGCGCCGGCAGCGGGGCUGGCUGCGGACGUGGUGUGAAGAGAACAAAAUGACAGUCCAAUGGGUGGCAGUUGCAACCUUUCUUUAUGCUGAAAUAGGACUCAUUUUAAUCUUCUGUCUCCCCUUUAUUCCUCCUCAGAGAUGGCAGAAGAUUUUUUCAUUUCACGUCUGGGGUAAAAUUGCAACUUUUUGGAACAAGGCUUUCCUUACUAUUAUAGUCCUAUUAAUUGUUCUGUUUCUAGAUGCUGUGAGAGAAAUAAGAAAAUAUUCCUAUGCUCAUGCCAUUGAGAAAAGCUCAGUCCGUAGCCCUAGUGCCUAUGAGCAUACACAGAUGAAACUUUUUAGGUCUCAAAGAAAUCUUUACAUUUCUGGAUUUUCAUUAUUUUUUUGGCUAGUGUUGAGACGUCUGGUUACCCUCAUUACUCAACUGGCAAAAGAACUGUCAACCAGAGGAGCGCUUAAAACUCAAAUGGAAAAUACUAGUGUGGCUGCUAGAAAACUCAUGGAAGAGAAUGAAAAACUAAAACGGCUAUUGAAAACCUAUGGCAAGGGAGAGCAACACAUGUUGGAAGCAGAAAAUAAAAAACUAGUAGAAGACCAGGAAAAAUUGAAGACUGAAUUAAAGAAGACUUCAGAUGCCCUUUCUAAGGCACAGAAUGACGUGAUGACAAUGAAGAUGCAAUCAGAGAGACUUUCAAAAGAAUAUGACCGACUCCUGAAAGAACACUCAGAACUUCAGGAUCGUAUAGAAAAAGGCAAUAAGAAAGGCCUGUGAACUUUGUGAAAGAAAACUGUGAUACACCGUGUCAAGAUGAUUAAUUUGUUAUCAUGUUAACCUCUAAGAAAUAUGCAAUUCAGUUCAGAAAUAUGCACUGUAUAUGACCAGACAGUAAUUCUGUUAAUGCCACAUAUAGGCUGUAUGGUAAUGGCAUUGUCACACUAUUUGAUGAUGUUUCAGAAAUAUUGUAAAGUCUGUAUUCCAGCUCUUAAGAAAAAUAAAAGCAUGUUAAACACCGUAUUUACAUAUUAA